AUGAAAGAAUCUGGUUUUUUUGCCUAUGAUACCAUAUUGGAAGCUGAAAGAUUGGGAAGAAGGCCUUUAGGUAACAUCCAGUACUCGAAGCUCAAGGAAGCAAACUCAAGAUCAGACGAGAGCGAUGUUUACUGCCCGAUAGACGACGACGAGCUAUCUCCUGUUAAAAAGGCCAAAAUUCCUGACCAUGUUACAUCAUCGUUUGGAUUGUUGGCCGAAUCAGCCAAAUACUUCGGGGAUAAACCGCACCUGGGAGUUCGAGAGAAGAUUCCGCUGCCUGAAGGAGGUUUUAAAUUCGGGGAGUACGUUUUCACUUCGUACAACGAGAGUUUGAGGCUCGCGAAGAUCAUAGGAACGGCGCUCACGAAGGAGAACCUGGUUCCGGAGUUCAGAGUCGAUAAUUGUAAAAUAGUCAAAAAAGCCCGCUUCCUGGGCAUAUGGUCCAUGAACUGCCCGUACUGGCUGCUUACAGACUACGCCUGCACAGGGUACGGAAUCGUCACAGUUCCGAUCUACGAGACCCUGGGAGACGACGCACUCUUUAAAAUCAUGAGCACAACUAAAAUGCAGACAGUGUGCAUCGACUCGAACAAGCUGAAUAACCUGGAGCACCUGUACAAGGAGAUGAAGCACCUUAAGACGGUCAUCGUAUUUGACACGCUGACCGAAGAGGACAAGCAAAGACUAGUAAACAUGAAUGUAAACUAUUACUUUAUGGACGACUUAAUUGAAAAGUAUAAGAAUGAUAUCCUUGACCCGCCGCCGAGUAAGAGAACCGAUAUUUGUACCAUUAUUUACACGUCUGGCACAUCAGGCACGCCUAAAGGAGCAGUGUACGACAAUUUUGGAAUCAUAGCCCUCGUAGAGAGGCUGUUGAACGUGCAAAAUAGAUGUAAACUUAGAGUAGGCUCGUCUAUUCUGAGUUUUUUACCGCUUUCCCACGUCUAUGAGCGGUUUAUAGAGCACCUAAUAUGCGCACUCUCAGGAACCAUAGGCUACUACUCAGGAAACAUUAAAAACAUACUGGAAGAUUUGGAUAAGCUGAAGCCAAAUUUUCUUGUGGCUGUUCCCAGAGUAUUCACGAGGAUUUUAGCAAGAGUCAGGGGUCAGAUCGACAGCAAGCCAGCGUUCAUUAGAAAAUUAGUCUAUUUCUUUGUUGAUCGCAAGAAGAAGAUAUUUAAAAAGAGGCCAGAGUCGCCGGACCACGCGAUCUACGACAUUCUGCUGAAGAAGAUAAAGAAAAAGUUCGGAGGAAACUUUGAGAUCAUGGUGCUGGGAAGCGCCUCAAUGACCGAAGGAGACGUCUACGAUAUGCAGGCGUACAUGUCGUCGCCACUCGCAGAGGGUUGGGGAACGACUGAGUUGGGAGUGGCGGUGCUGCAGGACUUCAGGGACACGCUGAAGGGCACCAUCGGAGGCCCGCUCUACUCCGUGGACUUCAAGAUCAGGUCGAUCGAGGAGCUCGGCUACGACGCCAGAGGCACCCCGCCGAGAGGGGAGCUGAUGGUCAGAGCUCCAGGCAUCAUGUUGGGGUAUUUUGCCGAGGAGGCGCUGACCAACGAAGUGCUGGACGAGGACGGCUGGUACAGAACAGGCGACGUCGUGGAACUUCUGCCAAACAUGGGAGUUAAGAUACUGGAUCGCGCUCGCAACUUUUUCAAGAUUUCACAGGGCGAGUACAUUGCGCCGGACAAGUUGGAGAACGCCUACGUCAACGCCAAGUUGGUGGAGCAGGUCUACGUCCACGGCGAGUCCACGGAGGCGCACCUGGUCGGGAUCGUCGUGGUCUCCAAGGAGGAGGUUGAGAAGUGGGCGCAGCAGAACGGACUCGGCGACAAGAGCGUCUCGGAGCUGCUGGCGAACCAGAAGCUCUACAACACCAUCAAGGACGACUUCGAGAGGAUUGCAAAGUCGCAGCACUUCAACUCGCUGGAGCGCCUCAGGGUCUUCACUCUCAUUGACACGCCGUUCACAGUCGAGAACGAGAUGCUCACUCCCACCUUCAAGUCUGUGAGGAACAAGAUCAGGAGCCACUACUCUCAGGUGCUCAAGAACUUGUACCUCAACGCAAGGGCAGACCAGUAG